ACUGCGCCUGCGCCUCGCCGCACGCACGCGUACUGCGGCCUUCGCGAAGGCGCCGCCGCCGGGGCACGUGUCCCGCGCGCCACGCCGUCUGUUUCUAGGGCAACCCCGGUGCCUCUUAGCAACCGCGCCAGCGGCCUGGGUGGGUCUUCCGAACCCCGAGCCCUGCCAUGGCGGCCGCGAGCCCGACCGUGUUUCUGCUCAUGGUCAACGGGCAGGUGGAGAGCGCCCAGUUUCCAGAAUAUGAUGACCUCUACUGCAAGUACUGCUUUGUGUACGGCCAGGACUGGGCCCCCACGGCGGGUCUGGAGGAGGGGAUCUCGCAGAUCACAUCCAAGAGCCAAGACGUACGGCAGGCGCUGGUUUGGAACUUUCCCAUCGAUGUCACCUUUAAAAGCACCAACCCCUAUGGCUGGCCACAGAUCGUGCUUAGUGUGUAUGGACCAGACGUGUUUGGGAACGACGUGGUUCGAGGCUAUGGGGCAGUGCAUGUGCCCUUCUCACCCGGCCGGCACAAAAGGACCAUCCCCAUGUUUGUCCCAGAAUCCACAUCUAAACUACAGAAGUUUACAAGCUGGUUCACGGGACGGCGGCCCGAGUACACAGACCCCAAGGUGGUGGCUCAGGGUGAAGGCCGGGAAGUGACCCGUGUCCGUUCUCAGGGCUUUGUCACCCUCCUCUUCAACGUGGUGACCAAGGACAUGAGGAAACUGGGCUACGACACUGGGCCUGCAGACACACAGAGUGUCUCCGGGCCCAGCCCACCCCAGAGCAUCCCCCAGUGACGGCAUCAGCCCCUCUGCCCUCCCACUCUGACUCUAGCUGGCCAGCUGGGCAAGCAGCAGCUCUCAGAUAAUGAGUCUGUCUUUUGGAGUCAGCCGCUGACCCAUCCACCUGAAGUGUACCUGAUUGGGGGCAGGCGUAGAUGGACGAAACAGUUUUAUAUAAUAAAGUGUCAUACUUUCAGAGGG